CACAACUACAUAAAUUUUAUGUUUAAUAGAGUUCAUAGAUUAGAGACUCGAGUCUAGUAGAGCUAGAAUCUAGAUCUAGAUGACAGAUGUAUCAUUUAGAUUUAGAUUAUAUUAAUAAUCAUCUUUUUUCCAUGAGGAAAUUUGUCUUAUAAUUUGGGUUACAGACAGAUUAUAACAGAUACAAAAUAGACCUUACACCUGAAUAUUUAGACUUUUAGACUAGUGACAGUUACUAAUUCUACUACUAGUCUUAGUACUAAUUCUAAAAGUAGUAAAAGUACUCUAACUCUAGAUCUAGUAGUGAGUCUGACUAGGAAACAUUUCAGUAUGGAGACUACAGUAACAGUAGCUGUAGUUGGUGCAGGAGCAGCAGGUCUUUGUGCACUUAGACAUUUGACAUCAUCUGAACAUGUAGCAAGCAGACAUCAUUUUGAAGUGACUUGUUUUGAGCAGUCCAGUAGGGUUGGAGGCACUUGGAUAUACACUGAACGAACUGGAAGUGACCAAAAUGGUCUUCCUGUACAUUCAAGCAUGUAUAAAAACCUUAGAACUAAUCUCCCAGUACAGUGUAUGGCUUUUCCUGAUUUUCCUUUCAAGUCGACUCGUCCUUCCUUUGUCAAGCAUGAAGUUGUGCAAGAAUAUUUAGAGGACUAUGCAUCUCAUUUUGAUUUGUUCAAACAUAUUAAGUUCCAGACAUUGGUCAAGUGGAUCCAACCAGUGAACAUGCAGAGUGAACUAAAGAAGCUACAAUGGGAGGUAACUACAUGUGAUGUUGUGAAUAAAAUAGAGCACCAGCCUGAACUGUUUGAUGCUAUACUUGUAUGCAAUGGUCAUUAUGCUGAUCCAUUGAUUCCUGAUAUACCUGGGAUAGAGACUUUCUCCGGUCAAGUUUAUCACAGCCAUGAUUACAGAGUACCUGAAACUUUUUCUGACAAGGUGGUCGUAAUCUUAGGGGCAGGAUCAUCUGGUCAGGACAUUGCUUUAGAACUAGCUCCCUACUCUAAAUGGGUAUACUUAAGUCAUAAGAAGCCACUCCUUGCUUCAAAGUUGCCAGAAAACUUGACCCAGAAACCUGGCAUCGAGAAAAUUCUAAGUUCAUCUGUGCAUUUUAAUGAUGACAGCCUAGUUACAGCUGAUGUGCUGCUGUUUUGUACAGGGUAUAACUACAACUACAGCUUUCUGGCACCACAAUGUGGAGUGCAAGUUGUGGACGGUAGAGUUACUGGGCUGUUUAAACAUUUGUUCUGUACAAAGUUUCCAACAUUGGCUGUUAUUGGCGUCUGUAAAGUGAUUGUGCCUUUUCCUAUGUUUGAUGUUCAGAUUCGUUUAUUUAGAUCAGUUCUUGAAGGUACAUGUGUCUUACCCAGCAAAGAGUCAAUGGAUGAGGAUACAGAGAAUGAUUACAGAAAACGUCUGGAGGAAGGCAUGCCUCACCGCUAUGCACACACCAUGAGCAGUCUUCAGUUCAACUACAAUGAUGACCUGGCAGACAUGGCUAAAAUAAGCCGCCUUCCAUUCCAUUACAGUCAGCUGUAUCACAUGUGUCACCAGUUAAGGCGGCAGCAUCUAACCAGCUACAAGAACUGUAAUUUUGAUAUCAAUGAAGCAGGGGAUGCUGUACUUAUAUCAUCCAAAAAUAUCUAGAAAUGUCUUGGCAAAUUGUUGUAGAUUUUUUUUUGUUUUUGCAGACUGCCUUUUAUUAGUCAUGUUAAAUCAAACAACAAAAUAAAAAAUAAAUAAUUAUAAAAUGUAAUCUAUUUUGCUAUUAAGCAGACAGAAUGUGCAAAAUAGAAAAAUAUAUUUAGAACAUUUUUAUUUGAAACAUCACAUCAGAUGGUUCCAAACAAUUUUUGGAUAGAUUGUAGUCUCUAUUAAUGCAUAUUCAAUUAUAAAUUAACUCUUAUUAUGGGAUCAUUAAGUUCUGCACCAAGUGCAUUAUAAUUAAUCUGAUAUGUAGAUAGUGAUGUCAAUUUAUUAUUAUUACAUUUCAAUUUAUUGUUAUGACAGAUUCAGUAUUUUUUUUAGAAUAUAUAUACAUUUUGUAAACAGAAUUUAUUUUUAUAUUUACACUAGUGUUGUUGACAAAGAUUUUUUUGUUCAUCUGUGAUGUUCUUUUGGCAAAACAUGCAUUUUUUUUUUGGAUAUUUUAAUUUUUUUGUUUGUUUAAAUACUUGAGGCAUUUUCUAGAUACUGAUUAUUAAUCAUAUGUUUAAAGUAUUGGUUGUCAACACUGAAAGCCUUACAAUUACAUGUAUAAUAGAAAGUCACUUGUCUUGGCAACACUUUAACAAAUUCCUUGUACAAGAUGAGUAAGACAAUCCCAACUGUAACCCAGUCUCAUCCAAAAUACUUUCCAAAAAAGCCAACACAGCAGCAAUUUUUCACCAAGAUUUUGAAAGCUGCUGGGUAUUCUGUUCUUGAACAAGCCUCCUGAUAACCAAAACUAAGAGAUAACUGUCCUGGAACAUCAGAACCAUGGAAUAUGUCCUUGGAAAAGGUUAUAGUCACUCAACAGUGUUUCUGAGACUUCCUUGAUAGAAUGGAAUCAGUUGAAGGGAAUUAAGUCCCUUAUUAAAAAAUGUGGCUGUAGUUCUUUACUCCUCCAACAGUGCCAUACAAAAAAAAAAGUUUUCACUUUGUGGAAGGAUGUUUAUAUUUAGAAACAAAUGUAAUUAUUGUAAUACUGGGUCUUGAGGCACACCUUUCUUGCAUGUCUUUCUGUGUGGGUUUGUGUUAUAAAGUAGGGUUUGUGACAUUUUGGCACUGUAAUUAUGGUGCAAUGGUCAUUUUGGUGCAGCCAUUUUGGCAUGAGAGGUUCUGACAAUAAUUUAUAGACUAAUAAAUAAAUAACAAAUAAUAAAUAGAAAUAAAAAUAAAUAACAAUAAUUUACU